AUGAGUCAGCAAAGGAAGGUUCAGCCGAACAAAGCCGUCAUCAGGCGGGUGGUGGUAGAGAGAGAACCGUCCGGGGCAGCGCUGCCCCCGGGGCAGCUGGGCUUCGGCAAGCAGCAUCAGGCAGCCCGCGAGAGAGCCCUGCUGGUGGCUUUCUCCCGUGCCCAGCGGCGGGAGAGCCUCUUCAAGGAGCUCCGGGACAAGGUCAAAGCCCUGGGCAGCCCCCUGGUCUCGGGGCCCGGCGGGGAAAGCCCCCCCAAGCGCAGGAGGAGGCGGCGGCGGCGGCGGACUGCGCUGGCCGCCCGGUCUGGGGGCAGGGGGCAAGGCAAGAAGGCCAAGACGCGCUGCAGCAGGAAGCCCCUGCAUGUCAACUUCAAGGAGCUGGGCUGGGACGACUGGAUCAUUGCCCCUCUGGACUACGAGGCGUAUCACUGUGAGGGCCUCUGCGAUUUCCCCCUGAGGUCGCACCUGGAGCCCACCAACCAUGCCAUCAUCCAGACCCUGAUGAACUCUAUGGACCCCGAGUCGACCCCCCCCAGCUGCUGCGUGCCUUCCAAGCUCAGCCCCAUCAGCAUCCUCUACAUCGACUCCGGGAACAAUGUGGUUUACAAGCAGUACGAGGACAUGGUUGUGGAGACCUGCGGCUGCAGGUAGCAAUGUCUGCUGUCUCCGCCAGCCCCACCUCGUGUCUAUGCGUAUUC